CCCUCCUAAACCCUAGUUCUUCUCUCUCACCUGAAAAUAACAUUCCGACGCGUAUUCUCUCUCUCUCUACUUUUCUCACCAUAAACGUUUCUCAAUCUUUUCUCCAAAAUUAUUCAAAAUCCCUAUACAUACAGAGUGUUGAUACAUAGGAGUGUUGAUAAAUUCAAAUGUUCAGGUAUCUGACGGCGCCACCGCAAUGAUGAUGAUGAGACAAGACUUUUCUGCCGGCGGCGGCGGCGCGGCGGCGUCGGACCCCAACUGUUGCCGGAAUUGCGGCGUCAAGGAACGGCCGCUUCACGAAGUCUGCCACCGGGGAAACUUCCGGAAGGUCUGCACUUCCUGCGUCCUAAGGCUCCAUCCGCAGUCCUUCUGCCCUACCUGCUUCACCGUUUACAACCCUUCCCAACCUCAUUCCUCCAUGAACGACGUCGUCACCUGCUUCAAGUGCUACUCCGCCUCCCAUUCCCAGUGCGUGGGCCCCAGCCCCCCGACGCCUUACGUUUGCCCCAUUUGUGUUAGCCCUAAUUCGCCGUUAUUUGCCCCGAAGAGGACCAAGGACGCGAAUGCGGAUGGAAAAUUUGAGAAUGAUGAUAAUAGCUUCAGGGUCGUUGACAAGAAGGCGGCGAGGGUUUUUCUGGCGGCUGCUAGGAUUGCAGUCAUGUCGACUAGUAAGGCAGCUUUAGCUGCUAAGGCAGAGGCCGAGAAGCGCGCCAAGGAGGCUGCUUUUACAAGGAAACGCGCAAGGGAAGCUUUGGAGCACUUGUCGAAUCUCGUGGCCAUGGAAAAGAUGAGGAGAAAGGAGUUCUUAUUGCCGCCUCCAGAUGUCUCGCAGCCUGGUGGUUUAGUGCAUAUGAGCGACAAUAAAGGUUGGAAUAUGGGCACUGCUAAGAUGCCAGCAGCUGUUCAAGUUCAACAUGAUGAUAGGAAUAGAUUUCGUAAUUUAAACAGGGUAGAAACUUCUAGUGAUGUUUUGGCAGCACUGAAUGCAGUUGGUCUGAGGGAGAGGGAGAGGUUGCAAGAGCUGGAGGUUCAAAAUCCAGCGAAAAAUGUCGACAUGAUGGAUGUGGAGGAGAAUGGGGGAUCAACAAUGGCUUCUGAUUUGGUUAAUACGGGAUCGGUUGUUCAGAGCCAUGGUGGUGGGAUCCAGAUUGACAAGUCUGGAAUUGUGGGUAAUGUGGAUAACGUUGAGAAUUGUAAUGGUCGGGGUAUGAGAAUAAACAAUGGGACAGUUCCUAUACCACCUGUGGAGGAUAGAAAUCAGCAGAUCCAACGUAUUCAUUCUGGGGAGCAGAUUGAUAGUUCCUUGAAACAAUAACUGGUGAUACCCGCAAUGUGUUAAAUGGACAAGGCUAUAUGUGGUUUGCACAGAAGCUAUUUUUCUGGAACUUCAUUGGAAUAUGGACAGGGGCAUAUUUGUGUGAGUUGUUUAUGAAUGAUAGAUUAAGGAAAAUUUAUCCUUGUGCAGUUGCUUCAAUUAUGUUUAGAGCCUAGUUUCAUGUAAAAAUGUUCUUGAACAUGUUCUUAUGACACAUGCACUUUUACUGCAGUCUAGUUUAAAUCUACCAAGGAGUUUACUUUAGUUCAG